AUGCGAUCGUUAGCGCCGCAGAGAGUGGGGGAGCGGACAGAGAUCCGCACCAAAUCAAAAUCAGCCUAUCGCCUCAGCCCCCCCUUGGACAUCCAGCUGGAGACGCUCAACUGCACUGCCCUACGGGUGCGCUGGAAGAUGCCCAGGCGCCAUGUCAGCACCAUCACAGGGUACAAGGUCUUUUACACUGAAAUGAGAGGUGCUCGGACGUUUGGAAAUGCAGCCACUCUGGACGUGCCGCUCAGCCUGGACAUGUUGGCCAUUGAUGUGGCCAUAUCCAACCUGAAAGUGGCCACCGUGUAUCGGGUCAGUGUCGGGGCGUACGGAUGGGCCGGCGAGGGCCGCCCCAGCAUGCCGCGGGACAUCAGCACUGCUUCUCACGAGGUGUGUAUGACCCCCUCUCCCCCGACGCAGCCCAGUGUCGUAGCGGUGUCCGACACCGAGCUGGCAUUGUCAUGGCAACAGGGCGAGAGCGAGGGGAGCUCUCCUGUGCUGCACUUUCUCGUGGCUUACAUCAGGCCAGAAAUGGACACGGAGUGGACGUACAUCCGGGAGCCGGUGGAGGCCAACUCCAUGGUGCUGAAAGGCCUUUUCCCCGACACGGAGUACCAGUUUGUAGUGCGAGCCGUCAACAUCCACGGAGUGAGCCCUCCCAGCACCAUCAAUAAUCCGGUGCGGACCCUUGCCCCCGUCCCCUCUUGGGCUGAGGCCUUGUGGGGUGACAGCUUCCGGUACGUGGUGAGGCCUAGCGACUCCAGGCGCAGAGGCUCAGCAGAUGUUGGCAGUGGGGACUAUGGCCAGCGCUACAUCACCGACUCGAAGAUAAAGGACGACGAUGGCUUUGACGUGGAUGACUCCGACUAUGACGUCUUCAUUGAGGAGCUGAAAAAGUUUCCAGCCGUCACUGGCGAUAACAGGAGAUCCCAGCUGAGGUCCAGAACUGGAGUUCCGAGGAAUGGGAACGUCAUUUUCCGGAUGAGUCCAAAGUCCCCCAACAGCACCACUCCCGUGCCUGUGUGGAGCACCUCCAUCUCCCCCUCCCCCUCCGUCACCGUCAGCCCCACCCUCUCCACCCCUCUCGCCUCCUCCUCCACAGGGGGCCCUGCGCCCACCCAGGCCGUGCCCGCCACCACCACCGCCUCCAUCCCCGCCCUGUCCCGCACCGACGCGGACGUGCCCGUCCUGCCCGACCCCACGCCCUCGCGCCCCCUGACCCCGUGGAAGGGCGACGUGCCACGGCUGUACGACCUGGCGUGCGAGGACACGGUGUGCCCGUCCGACAGCUUCUGCCUGAGCGACUACGACAGCGGGGGCUCGCGCUGCCACUGCAGCCUGGGUCGCCGCGGAGACACCUGCUCCGAGGGUGUGAUGGUGCAGUUCCCCAAGUUUCAUGGCUACUCGCACGUGACCUUUGAGCCGCUGAAGAACUCUUACCAGACCUUUCAGAUGACCGUGCAGUUUAAGGCGGAGGCUGAAGAUGGACUAGUGCUGUACUGUGGGGAGAAUGAGCAUGGUCGAGGAGACUUCACCUCCCUGGCAUUGGUCCGGGGCAAAAUUCACUACAGGUUUAACUGCGGCACGGGCACGGCCCAGAUCAUGAGCGAGAGCAGGGUGGUGCUGGGACAGUGGCACACCGUCACCAUCUUCAGGGACGGCCUGACCGGCUGGCUCCGCAUGGACAACGACACGCCUGUCUCUGGACGAUCACCGGGCCAGUACACCAAGAUCACCUUCCGCUCCCCGCUCUACCUGGGCGGGGCGCCCAGCGUCUACUGGCUGGUGAGAGCGGCGGGCACCAACCGCGGCUUCCAGGGCUGCAUCCAGUCCCUCAACGUCAACGGCAGGCUGCUGGACCUGCGGCCCUGGCCUCUGGGCAGCGCCCUGAGCGGAGCGGACGUGGGGGAGUGCAGCGAUGGCGUGUGCGAUGAGGUCACCUGUGCCAACGGAGGGCUGUGCUUCGCCAACCGCGCAGACGGCUUCAUCUGCCUGUGCCCGCUCGGCUUCCGAGGCCAGCUCUGCGAGGAGAGUUUCCUGCUGGCUCUGCCCCUCUUCAACGAGACCAUGCGCUCGUACGCUAGCGCCCCCUGGCCCCAGUCCCACCACAGCUACCUCUCCUUCAUGGAGUUCGAGAUCGUCUUCCAGCCGACCAGGCCCGACGGCACUCUGCUCUACAGCGACGAUUUCGCCAGCCGCGACUUCCUGUCCAUCAACCUGGCGGACGGCUUCGUGGAGUUCCGCUUCGACUGUGGCUCCGGGGCGACUGUCAUUAGGAGUGAGGAGGCCAUCGGCAUGAACUCCUGGCACGAGGUGCGUGUGUCGCGCACGGCGAAGAGUGGCAUCCUGCAAGUGGACAACCAAAGCCCCACCGAGGGCAAAGCAGAGGGGGCCUUCACUCAGAUCAAGUGCAGCUCUCCCAUCUACAUCGGCGGCGUCCCGGACUACACCAUCACCAAGAGCAGCGCCGCCGUGCGCCGGCCCUUCAGCGGCACCAUUCAGAAGAUCGUGCUGAAUGACCGCAACAUACCACUGACCAAGGACUUUGCGUUCGGCGUGAACGUGGAGAACGCAGCCCACCCGUGCAUGCACAGCCCCUGCGCCAACGGCGGGACGUGCCGCCCGAAGUGGGACAGCUACGAGUGCGACUGCGCCCUGGGCUACGAUGGCAAACACUGCCAGAAGGAAUGUGGGAAUUACUGCCUGAACACUGUAACUGAGCCAAUUGAAAUACCCCAGUUCACAGGGCGCAGCUAUCUGACCUACGACAGCCGGGAAAUCUUAAAAAGGGUGGCCGGUGUCAGGACCAAUAUGUUCAUGCGCUUUAAGAGCACGUCCAAAGACGGCCUGCUGCUGUGGCGGGGGGACAUGAGGCCCAACAGCGACUACCUGGCCCUGGGCCUGCAGGACGGCGCUCUGGUCUUCAGUUAUAACCUCGGUAGUGGUCCAACAUCUGUUGUCCUCAAUGGCACCUUCAAUGAUGGCAGAUGGCACAGAGUAAAAGCAGUCAGGGACGCUCAAUUUGGGAAACUGACAGUGGACGACUACGGCGCUAAAACUGGGAGGUCUCCGGGAAAAAUGAGGCAGCUCAAUAUCAACGGUGUCUUAUAUGUUGGGGGGAUGAAGGAGAUCGCGCUGCACACCAACAGGCAGUACAUGCGCGGGCUGGUGGGAUGUGUGUCGCACUUCACCCUCUCCACCGACUACCACAUAGCCCUGGUGGAGGACGCCACCGACGGCAAGAACAUCAACACCUGCACCAACUGAGCACGGCUCCUGACGCCCGUCCCGCCCACAACACUCUCACCACACCUGUGGGGGAAACGCCAGAGCCUGCUGUGCCGACGCUGCCAUCCAAAAAAAAAC